GAAAACAUCGAACACAUUUCAUUCAAACAACACACAUAAUGAUGAUUAACAAAAGAACUCUUCAACAAGUCGUUGUGUUUGUCAGUGUCGCCAGCACUAUCUGUAUAGUUCUCUUCUGUCAAACGUCUACCAGGAGUUUUCUCACAGAUGCAUGUGUCUGUAACUGCGCAAUGGAUUCGGAAGGUCUUUUGUGGUUUUCUCAACGAUAUAAACCCUCUGCUAACGUGACACUUAACACCAAGAGCAGCCCACUGGAUUUCCACACCUAUUGGUGGUGGAAGAGUCUACAAAAUGAAUCAACUGUAGCCGACUACAAAAAAGUGGUGGAGGUGUUGUUUUCCCUCUUCCCAGAUAAAGAUCACUACUCCGACGCCAGUCCCAGCCGCUGCAGAACCUGUGCUGUAGUGGGCAACUCGGGCAACCUCAUCGGAUCCCAUUAUGGUGCGCUCAUAGAUUCACAAGACUUCGUUAUAAGGAUGAAUGAGGGCCCAACAAAAGGUUUUGAGCAGGACGUGGGGUCUAAGACCACUCACCGUGUCAUCUACCCCGAGAGCGCUGUGGACAUGGAUGAGACGACUCACCUCAUUCUGUUGCCCUUUAAGAUUCUGGAUCUGCAGUGGCUCAUCAGCAUCUUCACCACCAGACACAUUGAUCUGACAUACACGUAUGUGAAACCAUCAAUUAAAGCAGACAGGAAUAAGGUGAUGAUCCUCCAUCCUGCAUUUAUGAAAUAUAUCUAUGAGAGCUGGCUGCAGAGUAAUGGAGGAUAUCCUUCCACUGGCUUCAUAUCUCUUAUAUUCGCCCUGCACAUCUGUGAUGAGGUCAGCGUGUUUGGGUUUGGACCUACAAAAGAUGGAGUUUGGCAUCAUUACUUUGACGAUUUUAGCAGUGACUCUAAUGGAGGCCCUCAUGAUGGAGGCUCUGAGGGCGAAGUGAUCUCUCAACUCCAUCAGAAACACAGAAUUACGACGUAUAAAGGGUGGGAAUAAAGCAUAAAGCUUGAAAUAGGAGUGUGUCAUUA